AUGUACACUACCCAAAAACUAUACAGAGAGCAAAACUAUAAAUCAAGAAAGGGCCAGAACAAUAUGCCUUCCUUCUCCUCCACCCUUCUUGACGAAAUCUACCGUUCCAUCGAUGGAAAUGCUGAGGAUUUUAAGGCGUACAAGGAAAAAGCAGUGAAGAUCAGGCAGGGUGGUCUGAGGGCCAAGAAUACUACUACUACUACUGCUACUAACAUAGAGGACGGAGCAAGCUUUAGAAGGGCUUGUUUGGUUGAGAAAUGGAUGGAAAAGGAGGCUCAUGAGAAAGUUGUGGCUAAAACGAGGCCACCUUUAUUGCCUGAGUUGGACAACAAGUCAUUGCACGACAAUGAUUUGUUGUUCUUCAGUUCAACUUCGAGUUCUUCUGAUAGUUCUGGUGCACUCUCGUCAUCGGACACAGAGUUCUUUGGUUCCACAAGGAAUAAGCCCAAGGUUUCUUGUUUUUCCAGCAGGCCUAAGCCAGUGCGGACCGGUGUGUCGGCCCGUGAGAGUAAUCCAAGAGAAGAGUACUGUGAUUCUUUGUUUGAUGAUUACGAAAAUCCGCUGAGAAACAAAGUGGAGGAUGAGUUGAUGAAGUCCAAGUCCAGGGCCCUGAAGAUUUACGCCAAUUUGAAGAAAGUGAAGCAGCCUAUUUCUCCAGGGGGGAGGCUAACAAGCUUUAUUAACUCACUUUUCAGCAAUGCGAAUGGGAAGAAGUCUAAAAAUCUUGAUACAAAUAAAGAGUUUCAAGUUCAAGAUUUGAAGUCCCCAAAGGCGACCUCAUCGACUACUUGUUCAUCAGCUUCUUCCUUUUCCAGGUCGUGUUUGAGCAAAUAUUCACCAAAAUCGAGGGAGAAGAUGAGGAAUGGGGUUCAAAGAAGCGUCAGAUUCCAUCCAGUGAGUGUGAUCGUUGAUGAAGAUUCAAGGCCUUGUGGGCACAAGUGCAUAUAUGGUGAAGAUUCCGACAGACACGCAAAGUCUCCACUGCCUCCAAAUGCAUUGGAAGAGCUGAAAUCGAGCAUAAGGGAGAAAAACAGGAAGGUGGAAGAGGCUGCACAAAAUGCUUUGAAGGGCUACUAUCUUAACAAAAAGGGUAAUGAUUUUUCCAUGUUUCGUAAAAUCCGCGAUGAUGAGGACGAAGAAGACGAUGACCAUGAAGAUGGAAUGAGUGAUUCAAGUUCGGAUUUGUUCGAACUUGAUCACUUAGCGUUGUUUGGAAACAAUAGAUAUUGCCAAGAACUCCCGGUGUACGAAACUACUCAUUUGGACAAGAAUCUUGCGAUUGCUAGUCGUUUGAUUCGCUAA